ACCACGCCCCAUUCGCUUCGUUGCCUGGUUGUGAAUCACCCCCGCCAUACGGAACGAAUUUCCAGCUUGGGUUUCUCGUUGGGGGGGAUGCUAUCACGAAAUCGCGAUUUGGUGCUGAGGAAACCCGAAGCAGCUUUAAGUCUCCAAGAUUAGAAUACCAUCUAUUUCCAGCUGGAUCAUUUCUCUAUUUUGGAGUUCUGAAAACUUCUGUCCUAGCAUGGGGCAACGGCACAUGCAUUGUACUUAUCAGAUGCCAUUUUUGGAAGCAGAGCAUGGCCAACUCCAUUUUUAUCAAGAUACGUGCAUAUCUCAAAGCUGUACUGUGGACUUUCCAAAUCAAAGUAUGUGUCCAGCAAUGACAAUCGCAGGGCAUAAUCCAGAUCCUAAUCAUAACCAAGUCCGAGACCAUGUUGAUAGAGACAUGCUCUAUGGAAAUUCUCAUGGCAUUCUUCACAAUCACAGUCAUGCUGCAAAUAUGAUUUUUGCUGGUCCUUCUCCAUCGAAUUUUGAUAGUCAUCCUUCAUCCUCUAGCAGAUUUUUCUCUGCCUUCCAGAAUGAUGGAAAUGCUGACGGCAUACCAUACUCAGGUGCUAGUAGAUUGGUUGGGGUAAAUGCAAGUGGCUUUGGUAUGCAGAACUAUUUUGCUGAUAGUGACAGAGGAUCCUGCAAAAGAAAGAAUGCAGAAAUGAUGCCUGGAAACUAUGCUGAUAUCAAUAGGUGUAUGAGCUCAAGUGUAAGUGUUUCUUCGCCUUAUCUUUCUCUAAAUUCUGGACAACCGCAGUGGCAUGGGACACAUGAAUACUGCUUCAACUUGUCCAAUUCCACUUGUGUCACCCCUCCUGGAUACAUGGGGAAUGUCAUUUUACCAACCGCAGAAAGAUCUCACAGAAGUAUGCGGACCAGGUCUACCUUUGACGGCCAUCAGCCUGAGCUUGCCAUACUACAUCAUAAUAACUAUUUUAGUUCAAGGGGAUUUUAUGAGUCAGACUUUCCAAGCUACCAACAAUUCAUGUGUUGAACAGUUUCAUGGGGGUUAUGUUGGUGAAGCAAGGCAUUCCAAUUGGACCAAUCCUCAUUUAAUGACUCAUUUGCGAGGAAGAUGUCCUAACUCAAGGGAUGCAGAGAUGGUGAAUUUUGACGUGCAAGGACAUCAGAGAAAUCUACUUGGUGAAAAUGCUGCCAUUCCUCCCCAUCCUGCACCUAUUCCUAACUUCCAUCAUCCAGUUGGACUAGUUCCUGCACAAAAUGUGCAAAUGCAGAGUACUGGGCAUCAUACACAUAUCCCUGGAUCUCCAUAUCAACUCCCAUUUCAUAAUUUGUACCCUGGCCUUGUAAAUCCUUCAUUGGAUGCUCUGAAUUCCAGUUACAGAUUCCUGCCUUUCCCAUCCAGCAGUGAGCUGAUAUAUAGGACUUCUUGGCAGCAACUCCCAACAGCUGUGGAAGUCAACCAGAGAAAUUUGAGGAUUCUAUCACCAGAGGAUGCUGCAGUGGCAGAGUUUUCAGAAAUUUAUGGCAUUGAGGAUGCUAUUGAUCGGCACAGAGAUAUGAGACUGGAUAUAGACAAUAUGACUUACGAGGAACUAUUAGCCUUGGAAGAGCGGAUUGGUGAUGUCAACACUGGUUUGACAGAACAGUCAAUUCUAAAUAAUUUGAAGACAAGUAUGCACACACCGCAGUUGGCGUCUUCACAAUCUGAUCAAUUGUCCAAUUUCACUCCAGAAAAUGAAACCUGCCCUAUAUGCCAGGUGGAGUUCGAGGAAAAUGAGAGACUGGGAACUUUGGAUUGUGGUCACAAGUACCACGCGGAUUGCGUAAAACAAUGGCUGUUGGUGAAGAACAUAUGCCCAAUCUGCAAAACAUCAGCUCUUGACACAGAUAAAAGAGAUAAGUGAAGAUGUUCAUGAACUAUCUUUAAUGUAUUUGUUUGAUGAACUUGUUCAAUGAAAUGUUGUAAAUACUUUGAGUGGACAAAAAUUGUUGUCCCUUCAUACAUUGACCCUCAAAAAUUUUGAGGGUGAAAAAUUUGCUGUGUAUAGAAAACAUUUUGGUUCAAUUGUCACAGAAAUUGUUGGUUCA